UCCGGUCUCCGCUGGAGAUGAGUCGCGCCGAGCCGAGCAGCAUGUAGCGCCUGAGCUUCGGCACCGAGUCUCCGCCGUGAACGCAGCGCCUGCAGCAGGCUUCUACCGGGGGAGGUGGGGCGGCGGGGGGUAGGGGGGGCAGGUGGGAGGACCAGCGGAGGAGCGCCGCCCGCAGCUCGCGGUCGAUGGUCGUGGAGGACGCUUCCAUCUCGAGCGCCGUUUGUUCCGACAGCACGAUGGCGAGCGACUCCCCCGCACGGAGUCUGGACGAGAUCGACCUGUCUGCGCUCCGGGAUCCGGCCGGGAUCUUCGAGCUGGUGGAGCUGGUGGGGAACGGCACCUACGGGCAGGUCUACAAGGGUCGACAUGUCAAAACUGGUCAGCUGGCUGCCAUCAAAGUCAUGGACGUCACCGGAGAUGAGGAGGAGGAGAUCAAAGCCGAGAUCAACAUGCUGAAGAAGUACAGUCACCACCGCAACAUCGCCACUUACUAUGGAGCCUUCAUCAAGAAGAACCCACCUGGGAUGGACGACCAGCUCUGGCUGGUGAUGGAGUUCUGCGGCGCCGGCUCCAUCACAGACCUGAUCAAGAACACGAAGGGGAACUCGCUGAAGGAGGAGUGGAUCGCCUACGUGUGCCGGGAGAUCCUGAGGGGUCUGACCCACCUGCACCAGCACAAGGUCAUCCACCGAGACAUCAAGGGCCAGAACGUGCUGCUGACGGAGAACGCAGAGGUCAAGCUGGUGGACUUCGGUGUGAGCGCGCAGCUGGACCGAACCGUGGGCCGGAGGAACACCUUCAUUGGGACGCCGUACUGGAUGGCGCCGGAGGUCAUCGCCUGUGACGAGAACCCGGACGCCACCUACGACUUCAAGAGCGACCUCUGGUCCCUGGGCAUCACAGCCAUCGAAAUGGCAGAGGGAGCGCCACCUCUGUGUGACAUGCAUCCCAUGAGAGCUCUCUUCCUGAUACCACGAAAUCCUGCCCCGAGACUCAAGUCCAAGAAAUGGUCCAAGAAGUUUCAGUCGUUCAUCGACAGCUGUCUGGUGAAGAGUCACAGUCAGAGGCCGAGCACAGAGCAGCUGCUGAAGCACCCCUUCAUCCGAGAGCUGCCCAACGAGAGGCAGGUCCGGAUCCAGCUGAAGGACCACAUCGACCGCACCAAGAAGAGGCGGGGCGAGCGCGAUGAAACAGAGUACGAGUACAGUGGCAGUGAAGAGGAGGAUGAGGAACGGGACAUUGGAGAACCCAGUUCCAUCAUCAACAUUCCGGGUGAGUCCACGCUGCGCCGGGACUUCUUGCGCCUCCAGCUGGCCAACAAAGAGAGGUCGGAGCUGAUCCGGCGGCAGCAGCUGGAGCAGCAGCAGAACGAGGAGCACAAGCGCCAGCUGCUGGCCGAGAGACAGAAGCGCAUCGAGGAGCAGAAGGAGCAGAGGAGACGCUUGGAGGAGCAACAGCGUCGGGAGCGGGAGCUGAGGAAGCAGCAGGAGCGGGAGCAGAGGAGGAGAUACGAGGAGAUGGAGCAGAUGAGAAGGGAGGAGGAGCGGCGCCACGCCGAGCGAGAGCAGGAGUACAUCCGCCGGCAGCUGGAGGAGGAGCAGAGGCAGCUGGAGAUCCUGCAGCAGCAGCUCCUGCAGGAGCAGGCUCUUCUGCUGGAGUACAAGAGGAAGCAGAUCGAGGAGCAGCGGCAGGCCGAGCGUCUGCAGAGGCAGCUGCAGCAGGAGCGAGCCUACCUGGUGUCCCUGCAGCAGCAGCAGCAGGAGCCGCAGCGCCCCCCGCUGGACAAGAAGCAGCUCUACCACUACAAGGACCAGGCGCCCGGGACCAACGACAAGCCGGCCUGGGCCCAAGAGGUGAUGCGCCGCGCUCAGAGCAACUCUCCGCGCGUCCCCCCAAAGAAAUACCACUCCUUCCGGCAGGUGCGGGACCCCGCCCUGGACAACCUGCUCCUGCUGCCUGGGUACAAACCCGCUCGGCCCCGCCCCCCCUCCUUCCCUGCCCACGUCAGCCCCUCCAGGGACCACCUGCACCUGCCCAGGAUCCGGAUCACCUGCGUGCCGGAGCCGGCGUCCCGCCCUCGCCGCAGCCCAGGGAGGAGGUCUCAGGGUGGCAGUCCCCGCCGCAGCCCGGACUCCCGGGGGCGGAGUCCUGGACGUGCGCACAAAGUCUCCAACCGGAUCUCGGACCCAGCGCUGCCGCCUCGCUCCGAGUCCUUCAGCAGCGGUGGGAUUCAACAGGCGCGGACCCCGCCCAUGCACCGCCCCGUGGAGCCCCAGAUGGCCCACCUGGUGCAGGUGAAGACUCACGGUCUGUCUGGCUCCCAGUCUCUGUACGACCCUCACGGUGUGACGACCCCCCCCUCCCGGCCCCCCAUGCCCCGGCAGAACUCUGACCCCACCUCUGACACCCCUCCCGCCCCUCCCCUCACCCGCUUGGCACCCCCUCUGGACAAGCUGGACCGCAGCUCCUGGUUGCGGCAGGAGGAUGACGUGCCGCCCAAGGUCCCUCAAAGAACCACCUCCAUCUCUCCUGCUCUGGUGCGGAAGAACUCGCCCGGAAAUGGACCGGGACUGGGGCCCAGAGCUGGAGGGCACCUGAUCCGAGCCAGCAACCCUGACCUGAGGAGGACCGACUUGUCCGUGGACGCUCCUCUGAAGAGGACCAGCAGCGGCAGCUCGUCCAGCUCCAGCACCCCGAGUUCUCAGGGCGGCUCCAACGAGCGAGGCAACGCUGGAGCCACGACUGACGCUUCGCUUCCACACGACACCAAAGACGAAGCUCGAGAUGUUUCUCGCCCGAGUCGACCUGCGGACCUGACCGCUCUGGCCAAGGAGCUGCGGGAACUGCGGCAAGGAGAGGAGAGCAGCCGGCCGCCGGUCAAGGUGACAGACUACUCGUCCUCCAGCGAGGAGUCCCACAGCAGCGAGGACGAGGAGUGCGAAGGCGGAGCCAACGACGGCACGGUGGCGGUCAGCGACAUCCCACGGAUCAUGCCUGCGGCCGGACAGGGCGGCGGCGAGAGUCUCGGGGGCGGGCACAACGAGGCGCACGCUGACAGCUCGCAGGACGGCACGCUAAUGAUGCGCGAGUAUGGGAUGGGAGGCAGCGGCACCAAGGCUUCCUUCACGCCGUUCGUGGACCCCAGAGUUUACGGCACGUCGCCGACCGAAGACGAGGACGACAACAUCUCGGCCUCAGCUCUGUUUGCAGACGAGCUGAUGAAGCAGGAGCAGGAGCAGGCGCGGCUCAGCGAAGCCCGGAAGAUCUCGGUGGUCAACGUCAAUCCCACCAACAUCAGGCCGCACAGCGACACGCCCGAGAUCCGGAAGUACAAGAAACGCUUCAACUCUGAGAUCCUGUGUGCCGCGCUGUGGGGUGUGAACCUGCUGGUGGGCACCGAGAACGGCCUGAUGCUGCUGGACCGCAGUGGUCAGGGGAAAGUCUACAACCUGAUCAAUCGCCGUCGCUUCCAGCAGAUGGACGUCCUGGAGGGUCUGAACGUCCUGGUGACCAUCUCAGGGAAGAAGAACAAGCUGCGGGUCUACUACCUGUCCUGGCUGAGGAACCGGAUCCUCCACAACGACCCUGAGGUGGAGAAGAAGCAGGGCUGGAUCACAGUGGGCGAGCUGGAGGGCUGCGUGCACUACAAAGUUGUCAAGUACGAGAGGAUCAAGUUCCUGGUCAUCGCCCUGAAGAGCGCGGUGGAGAUCUACGCCUGGGCGCCCAAACCCUACCACAAGUUCAUGGCCUUCAAGUCCUUCACUGAGCUGCAGCAUCGCCCCCUGCUGGUGGACCUGACCGUGGAGGAGGGCCAGAGGUUAAAGGUCAUCUACGGCUCCAGCGCAGGCUUCCACGUCAUCGACGUGGACUCUGGGAACCCGUACGACAUCUACAUCCCCUCGCACAUCCAGGGUCAGGUGACCCCGCACGCCAUCGUGGUGCUGCCCAAGACGGACGGGAUGGAGAUGCUGCUGUGCUACGAGGACGAGGGCGUCUACGUCAACACGUACGGACGCAUCACCAAAGACGUGGUGCUGCAGUGGGGCGAGAUGCCCACCUCUGUUGCCUACAUCCACUCCAACCAGAUCAUGGGCUGGGGAGAGAAGGCCAUCGAGAUACGCUCAGUGGAGACGGGACACCUGGACGGAGUCUUCAUGCACAAGCGAGCGCAGAGGCUCAAGUUCCUGUCGGAGAGGAACGACAAGGUCUUCUUCGCCUCGGUCCGCUCCGGCGGCAGCAGCCAGGUCUUCUUCAUGACCCUGAACAGAAGCUCCAUGAUGAACUGGUAACACUCCUGCACCCCCCUCCUCCGCACACCGAGCCCCACCACCCCCAGGUGUGAGUGAGGGCCACGAGAGGAGAGCCUAACCUGCGGCGCCCCCUGGCGAGGGUGCUGUGCCUGCUCAGCAGAUCUGGCCUUCCUGGACUUCAAAACUUGGUGCUGAGUUUCCUCAACUCGGACUCGUGUGUAGCACGUGGUGGCGAGCGUCCACACGGAGAGUUGGGCUUCACCUCACGGCCUGUGUCUGCAGGAGGCGCUGCACACCACCACAUCUGUUUUGUUUCUCCACGUUGUUUGGGACGAGCAGGGGGAGCCGGAGCCCGCUGCUUUGAUCCUUUCUGUUGAAUCCACGCCGUGUCCAGCAGGUGGACGGCAUGACCGAGCCGACGGGUUUCGGACUGAAGCGAGUCCCAUCGGUCGGCACGACCAGACGCCUGUGGAUUAACCUGGAACCUUCAUCAGAGUCACAGGCUGUCAGUGACCUGCGAGCAGCCACGGCACCUGGCCGGCCACAGGUCAACACUCACUCGCCGCUUUCCAUCCCAUCCUCCAUCAUCAAUAGUCGUGCCGAGUUGCGGCCAGCAGGGGGCGAGGCACACCGUCAGGCAGCUGAGAUGAAAUCCAACUGUGGUGACGGAGAACAAGCACACGGUGUGUUGACAAGGCGGCGGCGGCGGCUAGCUUCAUAGCAAGGUUAGCUGCGAGUGGGAAACCUGACGCCGCUGACGAACACUGCCCCCUUCGAGUGUGGUCAGCGCAGCUAUAGACAGGUGUCGUAAGGUUGUGGAGUGCUAACUUUGCGCCCUAGCAUGACCACGUCGUCACCCUCGGUCCACGUAAAGACUUGAAACAAAUGUCCCGCAGCGACUCUGAGAGGCUGAAACUGAGUGUCUGUUGCCUUCACUGGAGGCUCGGUAUGAGGAAGAAGUGCUCAGCAGUGUGGGGAGGCCCAGGCCCAUUUAUCAUCAACGGACGUAGAGUCCUGUCCCUGCUCCGCCUUCAUUCCCUCUGUAUCUCAGCAUGUUUCCACAAAGCUUAGGCAGCAGUACCAGUGCAAGCCAUGGGGGGCAGUGUUGCUCCCCGACACCUAGCUCUAGUGAGACAGGAAGAAGACAGAAGAAUGGCGGAAACUCUCCGCCCCCCAGUGGCCCUGUAUCUCAGGGCCUCACCGACCAGCGCCUCCUACAACGCUGCCUCCGUUUCCUCUGUUGUGCCAGAGCUACAGGAUCAACACUGACGCCACAGUCAAAGCCAUGUGGCUCUGGAGCUCUGACUCUGGGCUGCUCCCCCUGCUGGAUACAUGGGGGAACAGCGAUACCGAGGUGAAGAACCACUCGCUGCAUGUCAUCAGGGACAUUUGCGCACGCAGAGGAAGUCCAGAUGGAGUUGACCUUCAGUGGGUCCGUUUUGCUAGUUCAACCACUUGAAAUCCAGCGGCAGUUUUGGCCAGAAACAUCCAUGUUCUUGCAAAUCAAAAGCGUUGUCAUCACAGGAGUCAGGCAUGAAAAGCGACAUGAGUCAAAGCUCAUCAGCACAGGGCUGGUGUGACGACGCAGGUCUGUGGCAACUCUCCGGACGCGUGGGCCCGAGGUGGGUUGUGCUUCUCCAGGGUCAGAAAUGGGGGAGGAACUCGCGCCGUAGCCCCGCACGCCGCCGCUGCUUUUGUGAGGGAACAUGUCGGACAGCAGUCGAGGUUCGGUGGAGGGAGCGACUGAGACUCGCUCUCUGAGGUGUUGACUGGAGUGCAGUGGAAGGCGUGUGGAGGACUGGAGCCAGUCGGCCUCCAUCUGAGCGGGAAGAUCCUGGAAAUGUACAUGAACCAGUCAUUUUCAUCAUUUUAGAGAAGAAGCGUCGUCUUUUUAGAGAAAAUAGAGUUUCUAAAAGUCAAGAAAAACCUUUCUAUCGUGCUUUCUUUGUACUUGUAUUUCACUUUUGUAUCUGCACCGAGAGUGUGUCUGAGUGUGUGUUUGUACAGGUGUGUGACAUGCAUGUGUGUGUGCGAGGGCCUGACCCGACCGGCGGACACACACACACACACACACACACACACUCGACUGUGAUGUUGGAACUUCACCAAUAAAUGUUUCCUCCUCGUA